AAAGAAACAAUUUUAUUAUUUUUUAUAUUUAUAUAUUUUCUGUUUCUUUCGCCUGCAUCACAGACCUUCUUGGACACAGGCCAUGGCAGCUCGCAGGACAUCUUCCUUGAUAGCCCGUUCGCUCUCCUCUUCUUCUGGUGCUGCUUCUUUACUUCUCUCUCUAGGAAGAAAUCGUAGCAGGGGAAGAAGCAUCUACAGAUUUAGCACUGCCGCAGCAGUUGAGAAACCGAUCACCCCACCUGUUCAAGCAGUCUACACCCAACAUCUAAUCAAUGGGCAAUUUGUUGAUGCAGCAUCUGGGAGAACAUUUCCGGCAUAUGAUCCUCGCACAGAAGAAGUGAUUGCCCAUGUAGCUGAAGGUGAUGCUGAAGAUAUAAACAGGGCGGUAGCUGCUGCUCGCAAAGCAUUUGAUGAGGGACCAUGGCCAAAGAUGACCCCUUACGAAAGAUCGCGGAUUCUCUUGCGUUUUGCUGAUUUGGUUGAGAAGCACAAUGAUGAACUAGCAGCUUUAGAGACAUGGAAUAAUGGGAAGCCUUAUGAACAGUCUGCUAAAUCUGAGUUACCAAUGCUGUCUCGCCUGUUUCACUACUAUGCUGGUUGGGCAGAUAAGAUCCAUGGGCUAACAGUUCCAGGAGACGGUAAUCACCAUGUUCAAGUAUUGCACGAACCGAUUGGAGUAGCAGGGCAGAUAAUUCCAUGGAACUUUCCUCUUAUCAUGUUUGCUUGGAAAGUUGGUCCUGCAUUAGCUUGUGGUAAUACUAUUGUACUCAAGACAGCUGAACAGACUCCUCUGACUGCUCUUUAUGCGGCAAAGCUUUUCCAUGAGGCUGGUCUUCCUCCAGGUGUUUUGAACGUAGUUUCAGGCUAUGGUCCAACUGCUGGUGCAGCUCUUGCCAGCCACAUGGAUGUUGACAAGAUUGCUUUCACAGGAUCAACUGAUACUGGUAAGAUUGUACUAGAAUUGGCUGCAAGAAGUAAUCUUAAACCAGUUACACUAGAGCUUGGAGGGAAAUCACCUUUCAUAGUUUGUGAGGAUGCUGACGUUGAUAAGGCUGUGGAGCUUGCACACUUUGCUUUGUUCUUCAAUCAGGGCCAAUGUUGCUGUGCUGGAUCUCGUACAUAUGUACACGAGCUUGUAUAUGAUGAGUUUAUAGAGAAAGCAAAGGCGCGUGCCAAGAGACGUGUUGUUGGUGAUCCUUUCAAGCAAGGUGUCGAACAAGGUCCACAGAUUGACUCGGAGCAAUUUCAGAAGGUCCUCAGGUAUAUAAGAUCUGGAAUCGAAAGCAACGCUACCCUUGAAUGUGGGGGUGACAGGUUUGGCUCCAAGGGCUACUUCAUCCAGCCCACUGUUUUCUCAAAUGUUCAGGAUGAUAUGUUGAUAGCACAGGAUGAGAUCUUCGGUCCAGUGCAAUCAAUCUUGAAGUUCAAGAAUCUUGACGAAGUAAUACGAAGGGCAAAUACUUCCCGUUACGGUCUGGCUGCAGGAGUUUUCACCAAGAACAUUGACACUGCAAACACCUUGUCUAGAGCACUGAGGGCAGGAACAGUGUGGGUUAACUGCUUUGAUGUGUUUGAUGCGGCAAUUCCUUUUGGUGGCUACAAGAUGAGUGGUAUAGGCAGGGAGAAGGGUAUCUACAGCCUUAACAACUACUUACAAGUGAAAGCAGUGGUUACUCCAUUAAAGAAUCCUGCCUGGCUGUAAGCUACAGCUCCUUUCCAUCAUGAUCCAGCGUCUCCUUUUCAUUUAAAAAUUAGUACAUGCGUAAAACACUUGCUGUGAAAUCGUGCACCGGAGUUUAAAAAAAUGGAGAAAACGAACUUGUUUGUACCGACUUCUCGAGGAUUACAAUUUGCUCUCUUUGAAAAACCAGUGAUGCCUUGUGUUCUGUAUUUAGGGUCUUGAGAAACUGAUUGAAGAAUUAAAGAUUGAAGAUCAUCUUGCAGAUUUUAUUUUAAAAAUAAUAUAUGCUCGUUUUGUGAGUUUCUGUAAA